AUGUAUAAGGUAUCACAUCUCCCUCGCUGGUGGUUGUGGUACGUAUUUAUUGCUCUGCCGGAAACUGCCAAAUCCUUCGAAGAAGAGGUGCGCCAGGCCCUCUCGAUACUCAGCCAUUCACACCUCAAAUUGCGGGGGUGGGGUCAGUUCGUAUACGAGGAUCUGAAAUCAAUCCCCACGGAGCGCAACGGCCCCUACGGUCUCAUUGUGAAAGUUUAUAUCCACCCCGGGACAUGCACGCACGGGGACCGCAAGGGUCGGAAGAGAGUCGAAUAUCAGGCUCUGAAGACCCUGGAGAGUCUCCUGGACGAUGACCCCCCUCAACGACUUUUGGUCAAUGUGGACCACAACUAUGAUUUCUCAGAUUGA